UAGGGCUAACAACGUGGGCAAGCUAAAUAUAGCUACAGUAUAGUGUGUUAUGCGCAAACUAAAGCUCGACGACGGAGAAAAACCUCGGAUCAGAUUCACACGAAGUGGUAGUGCCGUUCUCAGCAAGAUAAAACCUAAAACCGGAGAAAGGCUCGAGUGGAAAAUGGAUUUUUCUGAAGUGACUUGGUAUCGACAGUGGCAUCAAUUUCAUUCAUGAUUGCUGUUCACUGCUGCAUCUGAUUAUUGGAAUGGUUUGGACGCUGUGUCUAUAGUCAGCCAAACGCUUUAAAAGUCAAUACAGAGAAACAACAUGGAUGCUUCCAUGAAUGCCAAACAUGGCGAGGAUGUGGAUUCGCUAAAUCAUGAAACCUGUGGCUGGGGUCCAGUUCGGCCAAAAUUUUGUCAACGAUUCCGUAGUCCUCGUUAUUUACUUGUGUGCCUUUGUGGAGCGUCAUUUAUCCAGGGAAUGGUUGUAAAUGGCCUCAUCAGUGUGGUGAUUUCCUCAUUGGAGAAGCGGUACAGCCUCAGCAGCUCGGAGUCUGGCCUCAUCGCGAGUUGCUACGACAUCAUGUCCGCGAUCAGCCUCAUUCCGAUCAGUUAUUUUGGCGGUAUCGGUGUGAAGUCACGUUACAUAAGCCUUGGUCUUCUGUCCAUUGCCGCGGGCUCAUUUAUAUUUUCAUUACCACACUUCACGUCUGACGUAUAUAACUUCGGACGCGUUGAUGACAACCAGCUCUGUCUGAUGAAUGGAUCAUCAUGGUGUUCGACGAAUUCUGCCUCAACCAGUAAUUUAUCCGUCUCGGACUACAAAUUUGUGUUCUAUCUUGCUAUGCUGUUAAUGGGAGUGGGAAGUGUGCCUUUGUUCACCUUAGCUCAGCCUUUUCUGGACGAGAGUGUUCCAGUCCGCUCCGCAUCCUUAUAUCUUGGUAUAUAUCAUUGUUGUAAUGUACUGGGUCCUGCUGCAGGCUACAUCAUUGGUGCUGUAUCCCUAUCUUACUAUGUUGACAUAGAUAGAAUACAAACUGUGACGGUGAACUCGGAGAGUUCCCGUUUUGUCGGUGCUUGGUGGGUGGGGUUCCUGUUUGGUGCUUUACUAGCUGCUAUUAUGGCUAUUCCCUUGAUGGGCUUCCCCGGAAUCUUACCAAAGACAACAGAUUACAAAGAAGGAAGAGAGAAGGAGACAUAUAAGACUGGGGGCCAGCUGGACAAGUCCCUAGGGGACGGAGACCAGGAAGGGGAAGGGGCAGGGCAGAAAAAGACUAGUGUCUUUGAUGUGUAUAAAUCUUUCAGGAUUCUCUUCAUGAACCCCACGUUUGUGUUCCUGACCUUAGCUGAAACAACUGAGGGCUUUGUGCUGGCAGGAUCAUCCACAUUCCUGCCAAAAUUUGCAGAGGUGCAGUUCAGUCUUCCUGCAGCCACGGCUGCCCUAUAUGUCGGGGCAGCCAUCAUCCCUGCUGGUGGAUUGAGCACAUUCAUGGGUGGGUUCAUCGUGAAGCGGUUUAACUUGUCUGUACGAGGGAUUCUCAAGCUAUGUGUAGGUCUCAUGAUGACAGCCACUGUUCUGGGGCUCUUCCUUCUGAUCCAUUGCCCGAGUGUACCGUUUGCAGGAGUAAACAUUGAGUACGGAGAAGCUAGCUCUUCAGGGACCAAGUUUCUGGGAAGUUUCCGUUCUGAUAGCUGCUACAAGAACUGUAGCUGUACACAAGCAGAUAACUACAACCCUGUAUGUGGGGUGGAUGGAAUCACUUUCUACUCGCCGUGCUAUGCUGGCUGUUACAACAUUGACAAGACAACCUCCCCCUGGUCAUACCAUAACUGUUCAUGUGUGGAUGCAGUUGGAUCGGCAGAAUUUGAGGCGCAGCAGGGAACAUGUGAGAGUACCUGUACUCUUCUGUCUCCCUUCCUCAUACUCAGCACCAUCUUUGUACUCACAAAGUUCAUGGUCGCCAUACCUGCUCUGACUGCUACACUGAGAUGUGUGCCCCACAAGCAGAGGGCAUUUUCUCUUGGUAUUCAGUGGACUGUAUCCAGAUGUCUUGGAUUUAUCCCGGGGCCAAUCGUGUUUGGAAAACUGAUUGAUAUGGCAUGCCUGUUGUGGCAGACCGACUGUGAGAAUGAGGGAUCAUGUUUUUUCUACAACAAUGAGAAGAUGAGUUAUUUAGCAAUGGCCAUCAUGUUGUGUGGGAACGUCAUAACAGCGACAUUUAUAUUUCUUUCCUUACGCCUUUACCGCACUACUUCAGCAAAGAUUGCGACGGAUGAAAGUAAGCCUGCAGACCACAGUUUCAGAGAAGAUGAUGCGUUUACGCUGUCGGAAUGUAAACGAAAUUCAUUUUUGUCAGGAGAAAAUGUGAUAGCUGAAGUGAACAGUGAGAAUAAUUUUUCAGACAACUGUAAUAAACUGUCAAUGAGCUGUGUCAAAAAAUCUGACCUUGACAGUCCAGAGUCGAGGGCAGAUAGUCUUGACACCUCAAACAACACACUUACAACAUCAUUAUAGUAUUGGUAGAUAUUAAGUAAGGUGCCUAUAUAUCCUCAUAUCACUUUCUGUCCAAGACUAGGGAUUGUAUGAAUGAUAUUGUAAAUUAGUGUUAAUUUGUCUCUUCAAGAUUUGAAAAUUAUUUGAAAUUGAUAUGAGUUGUAAUGUCAUACAAUGGAAGUAGACCCGGGAGUUUGCUACGACUCUGCCGUGUUUAAUGUAUGAUCAUUAAUACAGUAAAGCCCCACUUACUCGACCCCACGACCCUGACAUGUUUAUGUAUGAUCAUUAAUACAGUAAAGCCCCACUAACUCGACCUCACGACCCUGACAUGUUUAUGUAUGAUCAUUAAUA